AAGAAAAAAAGAAAAGAAGAAACAAUAUGAGUGCUUUUGUUUUUUCAAGACUAUCAAUUUUAUGUGCUAUUUUCUACAUUUGUAGCAUUACACUAUUUCCAGAGUCUGUCACUGCUGGCAUUACAAGGCAUUACAAGUUUGAUAUAAGAUUGAAAAAUGUGACAAGGUUAUGCAAAACAAAGACCAUUGUCACUGUGAAUGGGAAAUUUCCAGGGCCAAGAGUUGUUGCUAGAGAAGGUGAUCGUCUAGUGGUUAGAGUUGUUAAUCAUGUCUCCAACAAUGUUAGUCUCCAUUGGCAUGGUAUUAGACAAGUACAAAGUGGAUGGGCAGAUGGACCAGCAUAUAUCACUCAAUGUCCAAUACAAACAGGCCAAAGUUAUGUCUACAACUUCACCAUUACUGGCCAAAGAGGAACUUUAUGGUGGCAUGCUCAUAUUUCAUGGAUGAGGGCUACCCUCUAUGGUCCUCUUAUCAUCUAUCCCCAGCACAAUGCUUCUUAUCCAUUUGCCAAACCACACAAAGAAGUUCCCAUCAUGUUUGGUGAAUGGUGGAAUGCUGAUACUGAAGCUGUGAUUAAUCAAUCACUUGUAACUGGAGCUGGACCUAAUGUCUCUGAUUCAUACACCAUUAAUGGUCUACCUGGACCAUUGUACAAUUGUUCUGCAAAGGAUACUUUUAAGCUAAAGGUAAAACCAGGGAAGACAUAUAUGCUUCGUAUAAUCAAUGCUGCACUCAAUGACGAUCUUUUCUUCAGAAUAGCUAAUCAUACAAUGACAAUCGUUGAAGCAGAUGCAUCUUAUGUCAAACCUUUUGAAAGAGACACACUUCUCAUUGCUCCUGGACAAACCACAAAUGUCCUCCUUAAAACACAACCUAAUCCUCCACAAACCACUUUUGUAAUGGCAGCUAGACCUUAUUUCACUGGCCAAGGCACAUUUGAUAACUCCACAAUUGCUGGAUUUCUUGUGUAUGAUCUUCAUAAUUUACCGUCGUCUGACAAUGUUCCAAGUAAAAAUCUUUCAAUUCCAACACUUCCGCCUAUUAAUGCCACUUCAUUUGUAGCCAAUUUUUCAAACAAAUUCCGCGCUUUGGCUAGUGAGAAGUUCCCAGCUAAUGUUCCGCGAAAUGUUGAUAAACACUUUUUCUUUACUGUAGGCCUUGGUAGUAACCCAUGCCCAAAAAACCAAAGAUGUCAAGGUCCUAAUAAUUCCUCAAAAUUUUCUGCUUCUGUUAAUAAUGUUUCUAUGAUUCUCCCCACAACAGCAUUACUUCAAUCCUAUUUCUUUAAAAAAUCAAAUGGAGUAUACACUACUGAUUUUCCAAGUUUCCCUCUAGUUCCUUUUAACUACACUGGCGCCCCUCCAAAUAACACGAAUGUCUCUAAUGGCACAAAAGUUGUUGUGCUUCCCUUCAAUACUUCAGUGGAAGUGGUACUGCAGGACACAAGCAUUCUUGGUGCUGAAAGUCAUCCUCUUCAUCUUCAUGGCCAUAAUUUCUAUGUUGUUGGCCAAGGUAUUGGUAAUUUCGACCCGAAAAAGGACCCUGCUAAGUACAAUCUUGUUGAUCCUGUUGAAAGAAACACCAUUGGAGUUCCAUCUGGUGGAUGGGUUGCCAUUCGUUUUCUAGCUGACAAUCCUGGAGCAUGGUUGAUGCAUUGUCAUUUUGACGUUCAUUUGAGUUGGGGAUUGAGAAUGGCUUGGAUAGUGUUAGAUGGAGAACUUCCUAGCCAAAAAUUGCUACCACCCCCAGCUGAUCUACCCAAGUGCUAAUUAACAACCUCAUCAUCAGCAAUUCAAUCCCUUAAUUCCUUGUUCUUUUUCAAUUAAGUUAAUUAUGCAAAUUGUAUUUUGAGUUAUUUCGCAGUUGUGUGUUUUCUUUUUUCUUGCUUAAGAAUGAGAAUUGACUUACAAGAGUGAUCGAGGGAGAUUUUGUUUGUGUAAAAUUACUUUUGUUCGAUGAAUCAAUAAAAGCAUUUUUAAUC